CCUCAGCACCUUGGCGCUUCUGUCUCCUCCUCGGGCUCCUCACCCGCUGCCAUGACCACCACCAUCCGGCAGUUCACCUCCUCCAGCUCCAUCAAGGGCUCCUCCGGCCUCGGGGGCUCGUCCCGCGCCUCCUGCCGCCUCUCUGGCAGCCUGGGCGGUGGCUCCUGCAGGCUGGGCUCGGCCAGCGGCCUGGGCAGCAGCCUCGGGGGUGGCAGCAGCUACUCCAGCUGCUACAGCUUCGGCUCUGGCAGUGGCUAUGGGGGCAGCUUCGGGGGCGUCGAAGGGCUGCUGGCCGGAGGUGAGAAGGCCACCAUGCAGAACCUUAACGACCGCCUGGCUUCGUACCUGGACAAGGUGCGCGCCCUGGAGCAGGCCAAUGCGGAGCUGGAGGUGAAGAUCCGCGACUGGUACCAGAGGCAGGCCCCCGGGCCCGUCCGAGACUACGGCCCCUACUACAAGGCCAUCGAGGACCUGAAGAGCAAGAUUCUGGUGGCCAGUGUGGAAAAUGCCAAUGUCCUGCUGCAGAUCGACAAUGCCCGGCUGGCUGCGGAUGACUUCCACACCAAGUUCGAGACGGAGCAGGCCCUGCGCAUGAGCGUGGAGGCCGACAUCAACGGGCUGCGCAGGGUGCUGGACGAGCUGACCCUGGCCAGGGGCGACCUGGAGAUGCAGAUUGAGAACCUGACCGAGGAGCUGGCCUACCUGAAGAGGAACCACGAGGAGGAAAUGAACGCCCUGCGCGGGCAGGUGGGUGGCGAGAUCAACGUGGAGAUGGACGCAGCCCCCGGCGUGGACCUGAGCCGCAUCCUGAACGAGAUGCGCGACCAGUACGAGAAGAUGGCGGAGAAGAACCGCAAGGAUGCAGAGGACUGGUUCUUCAGCAAGACCGAGGAGCUGAAUCGUGAGGUGGCCACCAACAGCGAGCUGGUUCAGAGCGGCAAGAGCGAGAUCUCCGAGCUCCGGCGCACCAUGCAGGCCCUGGAGAUUGAGCUUCAGUCCCAGCUCAGCAUGAAAGCAUCCCUGGAGGGCAGCCUGGCGGAGACAGAGAACCGCUACUGCGUGCAGCUGUCGCAGAUCCAGGGCCUGAUCGGCAGCGUGGAGGAGCAGCUGGCCCAGCUGCGCUGCGAGAUGGAGCAGCAGAACCAGGAGUACAAGAUCCUGCUGGACGUGAAGACGCGGCUGGAGCAGGAGAUUGCCACCUACCGCCGCCUGCUGGAGGGCGAGGACGCCCACCUGACUCAGUACAAGCCUAAAGAACCUGUGACCACCCGCCAGGUGCGCACCAUCGUGGAAGAGGUGCAGGAUGGCAAGGUCAUCUCCUCCCACGAGCAGGUGCACCAGACCACGCGCUGAGGCCUGGCCUCUCCUGCUGGAGGCAGGGACACAGCUGCCCCUCUGCCCUGCAGCCUCCUGCCCCUCUGGCCCCCACCCUCCCCAUCUAUCCCUUCCCCACGCCCCUGGCCCCCACAAUAAAGCUUGUUG